AUGGUCUGGGGGGGGGGGGGGGGAGGUGCUCUGAUGGUCUGGGGGGGGGGGGGGGGGGGGGGAGGUGCUCUGAUGGUCUGGGGGGGGGGGGGUGCUCUGAUGGUCUGGGGGGGGGGGGGGAGGUGCUCUGAUGGUCUGGGGGGGGGGGGGGGGGGGGGCUCUGAUGGUCUGGGGGGGGGGGGGGGGGCGGGGAGGUGCUCUGAUGGUCUGAGGGGGGGGGGGGGGGGAGGUGCUCUGAUGGUCUGGGGGGGGGGGGGGGGGGGGAGGUGCUCUGAUGGUCUGGGGGGGCAGCUGUGGUGA